CGCGGAGCGACAGAGGUAGUGGUGAGAAGAAUCAAGGAGUGCCCGAUAUUUUUAUCUUUCGUCGAGUGUCCGAGUAGGAGUGUUUUCGCUGUGUACACGCCGACGUGGGUCCAUAGAAAAUCAGAAAAUGCCUGGGCAAAUCUCAUGUGCACGGUGCACGGCAUGACGUGGCAGACCGAGCGCACGCACGUUGCUCCACCCCCACGCCGGCCCCACGUGUCAGCGAGCCAGCCAGGCCCAUCGCUGCCCUUCCUUCUAACCCGCGGAGAGCGAAUGAACCAAGCCGCCUUCGUUUUUUUCUUUCUUCCCAGACUUUUUCUCCAAGUUCAACUCCGCCUCCUCCCUCCUCCCUCCCCCCGAUCUCGGGAGCCAUGUCGUGGCGGUGGGCUCUCGCGCGGCGCGUCGCCGCGCUGGGCGCGACGAGCGGCGGUGGGGACGGCGCCACCGCCCAGGCGCAGCGGCUCUUCUCCUCGGCGGCUGCCCUCCUCGGGAGGCACCCUCCACCGCCGUCGCCGCCGCACUACCAGAUUCGGAGCAAGGUGGUGGGUUGCAGAGGAGCUACUUUCGUGAGCUCGCGAUGGUUACAUGAUGCUCAGUACCAGGUUCGCCAGGAUGGGUUAUCAAGGUCUGAGGAACAGCAGGAUCCAUUUGAGUUGGUUGCUGAUGAGUUGUCACUUCUUGCAAAUAGGCUACGAUCCAUGGUAGCUGCUGAGGUCCCCAAACUGGCAUCAGCUGCUGAGUAUUUUUUUAAGGUGGGAGCUGAGGGUAAAAGAUUCAGACCCACGGUAUUAUUGUUGAUGGCAUCAGCUCUGAAAUUCCCCUUAUCAGAUUCAACAGAAGUGGGAGUUUUAACUAUACUGGCAAAUAAGCUCCGCACGAGACAGCAAAAUAUUGCCGAGAUAACUGAAAUGAUUCAUGUUGCAAGCCUUCUACAUGAUGAUGUACUGGAUGAUGCUGACACUAGGCGUGGCGUCAGUUCGUUGAAUUGCAUUAUGGGGAACAAGCUUUCUGUUCUGGCUGGUGACUUCCUCCUGUCUAGAGCAUGUGUGGCACUUGCAGCGCUUGGGAACACAGAGGUGGUAUCUCUAAUGGCUACUGCUGUAGAACAUCUAGUUACUGGUGAAACCAUGCAAAUCUCCACAAGUAGAGAGCAAAGGCGAAGUAUGGAUUACUACUUGCAGAAGACGUACUACAAAACAGCAUCAUUGAUAUCAAAUAGCUGCAAGGCUGUCGCUAUUCUUGCAGGGCACACUGCUGAUGUGUCAAUGCUCGCAUAUGAAUAUGGUCGAAACCUGGGUUUAGCCUUCCAGUUGAUCGACGAUGUUCUUGAUUUCACAGGCACUUCUGCAUCCCUUGGGAAGGGUUCAUUAACUGAUAUCCGUCAUGGAAUCAUUACCGCACCUAUGCUUUAUGCGAUGGAAGAAUUCCCACAACUACAUGAAGUUGUUGACAGGGGUUUUGACAAUCCUGCAAAUGUUGAGCUUGCUCUUGACUACCUACAGAAGAGCCGCGGGAUUGAAAAGACGAAAGAGCUUGCAAGAGAACAUGCUAACCGUGCAAUCAAAGCCAUAGAAGCUCUCCCAGACAGCGAUGAUGAAGAUGUUCUGACAUCAAGGCGUGCUCUUAUUGACAUCACAGAGAGAGUCAUCACUAGAACAAAAUAGCAACUGUUAGCAUUCACAAGGUGGAGAACUGGAGAUAAGGCUGAUUUUCGCCACAGGCGUGGUGUUCCACAUGGAAAUUUUUGUACACUUUGGUCAUUGCAUUCUUUUUCAUUGUCCAAGUUUUGUGUAGCGUGGAUCAAAAUUAGGAUCUGAAUCUAUGGAUCGGUAUUCCUCAGGAUCACCCCCACUCUGCAGCUCUAGUGUUCUUAGUUACGGGUUGCAGCAAAAUCUGUGCAUUAGUAUUACUGAUUGCAAUUAUCACCAGACUGUAGCACUGUAGCCAUAUAAGUGGAAGCUUGAAACAUAAUAUACGAGGAAAAUGGAUCGGCUCUCCUAUCAUGAGAGCACGAUUUCGAUAUGUUUCCCUACA